AUGGGUGCAUCAGAGUCGAAGUUGGUAUUCAAACAAGGCAUCUUCAGGCUCUCUGAAGAGAGGAACAUUGCAGCCAAUGACCCAUACUGGACAAAUUUUUGGGAGUUACCUGAAUCCGUCGAGGAUGUCUUCAGUCUCUUUUCACAUACCGACAUUCGCAGAACCCGAGAUUCCGCGCUCGAGAACCUCGAAACCCUCAUUCUAGCCGUUACAUCGCGCCUGAUCGUGUUGAAGAACCACCCCUCGUUUCCAGAUCCUGAUCUUGCCCCGGAACGGGAUGCCCUCAACUGCAUACGAGUCCUCACCCGUCUCCUCCCAUACGUCUAUGAGGCCGACGACUUGGCAGAAUGGGAGGAGAAGUUCUUCUGGGGAUUGAGGCGGCGCCGGACGAGAAGAUCUCAAGUAUCGGGUGAAAUACUGUUCGACGAUAAUCAGAUUGAGGAGAAUACCCCUACAGACAAUCGCGAGCCCGAAUUCGAAGAUGUGAAGCCACUGGCGGAAGAACUCAUCGACACAUUGAUCGAUCUCCUCUUCUACGCUCGUUUUACGAUACCUGAGCUACCACAGGCGAAAAGCAAGGUCACGUACGCAAUCUGGCAGAGUGGUGUGGGUUGUAAAUCCUCCAUCCCAACGAACAAAGAGCUCGAGAGCAACCGGUGCGAAGUCCUCAGGCUUCUCCUGACCCUGUCCAGCAAGGCCAUGUACACGCAUUCCAAUGUUCUCCCUGUUCAAGGUGUCAGGGCUAUCACAUACCUAGUCACAUGUCCAGACAAGCAGAUUGUUCUCUCGACGUUGUGCUCUCUGGUCAAUACCACGAUCAAAUCGAAUCUGGGUUCAUGGCGUCUGCCUUACGACCAUGUGGUGCGGAAGGAUUCCAAACAGACUCUUGUCGUCUAUAGCUUACAACUCCUCCUCGUCCUUCUACUAUACCCGGUUCCCGAAAGCGGAAAUGGCCCAGCCCCAAAGAAUUUCUACCGCCAUUAUCUCGGUCGGCUACACAGACCGGAAGAUUUCCAGUUCCUCGCCGAUGGCAUGACACGAGUUUUGAGCCAGCCGAUGCAUGCGACAACUUCAUAUUUACCUGGAAGCCAGAAGUCAGUCAAGUGGGCGCCAGAAAUGAUCAUGCUCUUCUGGGAAGUACUCCAAUGCAACAAAAGAUUCCGGACUUUCAUCAUAGAGUCCAAUCGCGCACAUGAUUUCGUCAUCCUCAUGCUCUUCUACGCCAUUGAAUACAAGACGGACACGUCGAAGCAGGGGAUUGUGAGGAUGUGCGUCUUCGUCCUCCAAACCAUGAGCGUCGAAUCCACCUUUGGGAACAAUCUCAACAAAAAGUUUGAAGCACAGGAUACAUUACCACCAUCCAUUCGUUUGGCAAAUUUCAAAGGCACCUAUGCGGACUUCUUAAUCACAUCUAUCCACACGUUGAUUACAGGGAGCAAAGGCAAACUCGAAGCCAUAUAUCCUGCCUUGUUGGCCAUCAUUAAUAAUAUGGCCGCCUAUGUGCAGCAUCUCUCGCUGGCUGCAAGCACUCGCCUAGUGCAGCUACUGGUAUCAAUGUCAAGCCCAAGUUUUCUUCUUGCAAAUGAGAGCAACCACGUCCUUCUCCGGGCGCUGUUGGAAUCUAUCACCACUAUGAUAGAGCACCAAUAUGCAUCCAAUGCAAAUCUGAUAUAUGCUGUCUGGCGGUCAAGGAGACGCAUUGAGGCUUUAAGACAGUUUACGCUGGAAGGCGGUCAAGCAGAGAUCGAACGAGCUACUCAACGGCGCAAGGAGAGCGCAUUGGGCGAUAAUGCAAACGGCAUUUCCAGAUCGUCCACGCUGGACAAUGUGCACACGCCAGAAGCUCGCGGUGGCAUGUCACCACACCCGGACAGUGCGGUGGACGGCACGUUCGCCAUUGGAGAUUCGGACGACUCGGAUAAUGAAGAGCCACCAACUCCUUCUCAAUCGACCCAUUCGAUGCAGACAUCUCGCACACCUUCGAUAGGGUCGUCAUCUGUUGUUGAUGAUCACGUUCCCGUUCAGUUAUCGGGCAUGUCAGAAAAGGCCAGAGGUAAGAUGCCGGCGAAUGCCCCGACAUUCUCACGACAAAACAGUACAACAAGCCUUUCGGCGAGCUCGACAUAUGCCACCGGCCGUGGCUCAUUUACAGCUACUUCAGAAUGGCUAGAGAGCUGGCUCCCCGAUCUGCCCCUUCACACGCUGCUCACUGUGAUCAAAGUCCUUUCUACGCACCCUCUCGCAUCACCACGGGUUGGGAACACGGGCGGCACUCAGGGUGAUACAACAAAUCCACCGUCGGUCACUUCCUCGCGGCGCUCGUCACUCACUGGAGGCGACGAGCCAUCCCCUGUCAACUCCCCGACUACAAGUCCAACGGACUUCCGCUCUCAAAUUCCCUCCACGGCUACGCACCCUGCCAUCGCUGCGAUCCUUGCUUCCCCAUCCCCCAUCCGAGUACACCUUUUUGAGUGGUCGCCACUGUCCCUAGGAUGGUACAUGUCUGUACUUUGGUCAUUAAUAUUCACGGCGGAAAUGACCAUCUUGCCCACCUCCAGCACGGCGGCAACAUUGACAGGAGGCGGAGUGAUGGCCGGGCCGGUAGGUGUCUGGAACGGCACGAACGUGAAACUAUUCCAGGUUGCCACUGAGGGGAGAAGAGAAGGUCCAAGCCUAAGCCAGCCAAGAGGAGCGGUGGAUGCAGUGGGUAGCAGGAUUGUCCAGGGUGUUCAGGGGUUGAACCUGAGUGGUCUGGUGUCUCGAGUGGGAAAUGGAGUGAGAAGCGUCAGUGCUACCAAUAACGGGACCGAAGGUGCUGCUGCUAUGCAAGGAAGACGCACCACAAGGGAAGUCUAA